UCUUCUGCAUUGAUUUAACCCAACAGCUGGGUUUGACCCUUUUUGACCCAAUGCUGGGUUGAAAAUAUCUCAGUAAGAGUAUCUAAACACUUAAGAAAAAAUAUAAGUUGAUAUAAACCCUAAGUCUCUAGUUACUUUGGUUUCUGGUCAAAAUCUUGGCCUUUGUUUUGUAGACCACAGAGACACUGUAAGUGAAUCAUAAUGGUAAAUGCCUGUGGUGAAACUGAAAGUGUAAAUAACAAAAUAACAAAAGCAGUUGGUCAGUGGAUCACAGUAACCCAUUUUACCAUGGUGCUAAUCUGUGGGUACAUGAUGAUGAAUGUACAGCAGAAUGAGGAAUCUGUUAUCUCAUGUGCAUGUGAUGGUGCUGUACGUUUCUAUAUUUGUUUGUUGCUAUUGCGAGAAACAUGCCAUGACGCAGCUCUCUUCCUCUCUGAGGGGAUUCUCGGGGGGAUUGUCUGAAUGAGGUUUUUGAGGCUGAGAGACGCACCUGACAAGAAAACAACAAUAAAUAUACAACAUGAGCAGUGUGCAUGGAACCAAAUGACAUUUCAGCUGUUAACAACAAUGGCGCUUAAAUGCUACACUGGGUUGUAUAUCAACUUACGAUUUAUGCCAGGUGAAGAUCAAACUAUCUUUGUGGGCCCUAAUCUAAUACAACAGAGCCCAGCUUCUGUGCCUGACAAAGUGGAGAAUAUAAUUACAGUUUUCGAAGCUCAAACUUUUAUGGAGGGAAGCAAUGUCACUUUAAAGUGUGACAGCACUGAGAUCAAAUGGAAUGAACUCCUUUACAUCGUCUGGAAUAUUAGAACAUGUUGGAUUGGCUCUGAUUUUCUGAAUAAAACCAUCCAAAACUUCUGUAAUGAUGGAAAGAUGCUGCUCAACUCUUCAGAUGGAUUUUCUUUAUUCAUUCCAAAGAUUUCAAAAAAAGAUGAAGGAUCUUACUUAUGUGACGUAUCAUAUAAAGGUGGCAGCUUUAGAAAAAAAAUAAAUAUCAGUGUUAGUAACUUUACCAGUUGGCUGGAGGAUAACAAUGGUCAGAGAGUUGCCAUCUGUCAAGCCAAGUAUGAAGAAUCUGAACCCACUCUUAAAUGGGAACCUGCCUUGAACUUUUCCUCCAAUAUCAGUUAUGUCAAGAUCAGCAAUAUGUCUGUUAUGGAGAGUCGAGUGUACUUGCCUAAUGCCAUCAGUGACCUAAAGUGUGUUGCCAUCUACCCUCAUAAGUCAGGGCAACAGAAUACAACUUAUAAUCUUACAAAUUCAAACAUCAUUGCCAUUGCGGUUGCUUCCAGUUGUUUUAUUCUUUUAUCUCUGAUUGUGGGUUACAUACUACGCAGAAAGCUUAACAGCUUAAGUGCAAUGAAGAUGUGUUGUAAAUCCCAAAUCUCGACACCAGCUGAAGACAAACCAGCCCAGCUCCCUGAUGUGGAAGAAGUGGAACCAUAUGCAAGUUAUAUACAGCGGGUCAACUCCAUCUAUAACUCUUCAGCUGAACUCUUUAAUGCCUGAGGAGAAGGAAACACACACACACUUUAUGUGAUCUGAUAAGAUAACAGAAGAGUGAUACAUGCUGAACGAGAAUAAGGACAGAAAAGUGACGCAUUGUGGUCAAUAUUACACACGAACAACAAUACUAGUGGAAAAUCUGUCAUUUCAAGAGCAUCCCUGAAGCAAACAGACUCUAAAUGAGGGUUAAAAAUCACGUUGAGUCAAAUGAUGAAAUGUGAUGACUGAGGAUCAUUUAUCAUCUUUAGUGUUGAGGAAUGAACGGAUAACUUUCAUGUCUGUGAAAUCACUAAUAUGCAGAUUUGUAGAAUCAUUUGAACAAAUGUACAGAUAAAUUUUCUUUUACAGUGUUAAAUAAAUUUUAAAAAAUGUACAGCAAACAACUGUCUUCUUAAAAUACUAAUGUGGACCUUGCACAAGGACCUUGCACGAAUUAAAAUAUAUAUGUAAAUAAACUUUAUUAUAACUUUA